AUGCUACCUCAAAACUCUUCCAAUGGCCUCCACAACGUCCACAACAGCGCCCAGCACCAAAUCUCUUCAUUCGCCCCGUCAAACCCAAAUCCUGCCUUCGACCAGUCCGCCCAAUACUUCAAUUUAGAUCCUUCUCAGGCUGCCAAGCAAAUGGCUGCCCUCAACGCCGCAAGCCAUGCCAGAAUGAUGAACGGACGCUCGUCUGUCCCCUCAGCGUCGCUUCCUUUGAACGGAACAAAUUCGGGAGCAUAUCUCGGUGGAACUCCCCAAGUUAAUAUCCCGGCUGCCCCUUCCAUGGGUCACGAUCCUCUGGCCAACAAUCAUUCCCUAAUCCAAAGCCAAAACGCUCUCCAUAUGACGAAUAAUCAUGCUCUGCCCCAGGCCACCCCAAAUUCGGCAGGAAACCCGCCCUUCUUCGAUUCUCCCAGCGCCAUGGCCCAGUCAAAUCCUGCAGCGCGUGCCGCCAUGCUGAAAUCUAGGCAGCAGUUCCUGAAUGGCCUCGCAAGUGUACAUCAGAAGCGCAGCACUCCUUUGCCGCCUCAGCUCACCGGUGUCACAACAAAUCCGGCCUAUGACCCCAUGAACACACAAUGGAAGUCUCUUGAGGGAAUGAUAAGUGAGCCGGGAGUGCUGAGGAUAGUAGGAAAGGACAUCGAUUUGAUGAGGCUAUGGUCUAUGGUACUCCAGCUUGGAGGAUUCGGUUCGGUCAAUGGCAACAACUCGUGGAAUGUGGUUCUACAACAACUCGGCCUACCGGAAUUCGUACCCCAACCUCAAGGCAACUCCGUUUCCGUCGCUGCUUUUCUGUCGCAGCACUAUGGGGCCAUCAUGUACCCCUUUGAAGAGGCCUACAACAUGAACAUGAAAGACCAGCAGCGCAAGGCACAACUCGCCGCUCGUCAAACGGGUGCUCCUGGUCAACCCGGACAACAAAACCAUGGCAUGUCUCCUCGCCCAAAUCAACAAAACACCCCGAUGGCUCCCUCUACUCCUGGGCCACAACCACAGGGAUCCACUGGGGGCAGUCGCCUCCAAGCCCCCCAGACACCCAAUGCACCACACACGCCGAUGGCCGCAACUCAGAAUUCAAACUUGCGAACUCCUACGCAAGGAACCCCUCAGAAGUUCCCGACAAACUCAUCUUCAGAUUCCCAACAGGCGCCCGAUGUCAACGUGCUCGAUGGUGACUAUCAAGGUUUGAAAAGGAAGCUAGAAUCCGGAGACAGUGACAACAAACGGGCGAAGCAGAAGACAGGGUCAGAGCCGCCUGAAGCAAAUUCCUCGGCAGUGGGUCCCGGUGUGGAUCGAAACUCAGUUGGACCUUCAGGAACUACUACCACCACUCCCUCCCAGGCACCGCCUAUGCCCAUACCACCUCGAGCCCGUCCGCAACCAUCGCGGAGAAAGAUAGAGUAUGUCCCACUCGCGCGGGAGAUAGAAACCAGCGGGGGACGCGACCUACGAAUAAUUGAAGCGGAGUACGCCACGUUGCACCAUCGGCGUCCAUGGCGCGAUAUCAACGACUGGGGUAUCGUCGAUAUCGAAGGAUUAACGAUGUCGAUUCGCUCGAGGCUGGCAACCGAGAUGUCAUACGCCCUCACUACCCUCACCUUUCUUUCCACUAUGCGAGGUCAGGCGCCUGGAUCAGGCUUCCCGAUCUAUCAGUGUACCGACCUCUUCGAAGAGUUACUGGACCUCAUGGAGGACAUUGGGUUCGGCGAAGCCAUGGACGGCGUUAAAGAUGAACUCGAUGAUUCCAGCAUCAUUACACAUCGUCAGCUCGUGAAUGCUUAUCAAGAGGUUCAAACCGAACCCUUCGCGGUCUUGCAUCCCAAACAAGGCGCCAAGGACUCUAGUCUAGGUCCUCGACCCCGCCCGGCCAACCUCAUCAUCACCGUCAUGAACAUCAUUCGGAAUCUGACCACUAUAGCUGAUAACCUGGAAUACAUCGCACGUCAAGACAGACUAUUUGACAUAAUGCUCCGAUUGUGCUCUGUUGAGCGGUCCGCGGGUGGGACUUUGCGCGCAUCAUCGCCCGUGCUGUCUAUCGGGGAUGUUAUCGCCAUUCGCAAAGACACGCUCUACACCCUCGAGACCGCCGCUUACGUGACACACUUUCCAACGACGAUGCCUCCAUCAAAACCCACACUCCGCAUGGCUAAUCGUGUCUUCGACCUUAUUUCGUCUUAUCUCGUCGAUCCCACCGAAGCCGUGUCACCCUUAGCGUGUGUACAAGUCGCUGGCGCUCCAGCAAAUGUGCGUCUCGGGCCGCCGUCAUUGCCUGACGUUGCCUUGGAGGUUUGGACUCGCAUCAGCCAAAGUGACGGAAACCGUCAAGUUUUCGCACAUGCGGUGUCUCAAGUGGGACUUUGGAGGCUGAUAGAGUCGCUCGUUCACAGGCUUCCGGUGGUUGAUGCAGAUUUCCAAUUGCUUCAGCGGGGGGAGAGCUGGCUCAGCUAUGUGGAGAAAGCCAUUCUGGGCCUCUACUCGCUCGCCUUCCUUUCUCCGCCAGAACUGAAGAGGCGUAUAAAGGCCGAUCGCAAAUUGGGUUUCACCGGUGUCAUGUUCAGAAUGGUUCAAAAGUUUUUGAUGGUGUCGCAUGAAUACCGCCAGCUAUUCGUGAUCUGCUUGCGUCGAAUUAUCGAGACAAUGAAGAUUGUCGACGAUGGCGAGGACCUGUUCGACACGACGAAGUCAACCACCGUACCACCUCUGUCGUUUGGUAUGGGCUUCAGCGAAGCUGGAGAAAACGCUUCCGACAAGGGCACGGGUCUGCUUGGUGGCUACCGGGGCAUAGCAUGGGAUAUGCUGAUGGUACGGGAGGUGGCGAUGGACGAGCUAAUAUUCAACGAACUGGAGAGCCUGGCCCGCGUCGAGUGA